GACCCUUCCGUUUUUUUAAAGCAAAAUAUGCGCGAGAACAAAGAGAAGCAGGCUCUGGGUGACCUGAUGAUCAAGCCCGUCCAGAGGAUCCCUCGAUAUGAGCUUCUGGUCAAGGACCUUCUGAAGCACACCCCAGAUGACCACCCAGACCACUCCUUCCUGCUGGACGCCCAGAGGGACAUCAAGCGGCUGGCAGAGAAGAUUAAUAAAGGACGUCGCUCUGCUGAAGAGGCGGAGAGGGAGGCCAGGGUCAUUCAGGAGAUUGAGGCGCAUAUCGAGGGAGUGGAACAU